AUGUCCCCCGGUUGUAAAAUCCACCUCCUUGACGGAGGUCUUGGCACUACCCUCGGUGAUUCCCACCAAGUACAAUUCACAGAAAAAGAACCUCUCUGGUCUUCUCAGCUACUCAUUCCAACUCAUCCCCAUGGACCCAAAACACUCCUCGCUACUCAAAAGUCCUUUGUGGAUGCUGGUGCUGAUAUUUUGUUAACUGCAACUUAUCAAACGAGUUAUGAGGGAUUCGGAGGAUCAGGAUAUGCUGUUCAUUCACACUCAUCUUCUAACUCGGGAAAAGAAGAUGGGGACAAGGAGGAGGUAAAUAGCAUCAUGAGAAGCGCUGUAGAUAUCGCUUCCGAUGCAUUCUCCACCCAAAAAGAUUCAAAUGGCAAAAUUGCACUAAGCCUUGGAGCAUACGGUGCGAUCAUGACUCCGGGACAAGAAUAUACGGGAAAAUAUGAUGAUGACCAUAAAUCAAGCGAGCAAUUGAGCUCAUGGCACCAUGAGAGAAUUUCGGUUUUCUCGAGAGAUCCAAAAUGCUGGGAUAGAGUUGACUAUGUGGCAUUUGAAACAAUCCCAUUAUUGGAGGAAAUUGAGGGUGUUAGAAAAUCCAUGGGAGAGGUUGAAAAUUCGAACAGUGGAACAGCUGGAAGCAAGCCAUUUUGGAUCACGUGUGUAUUUCCUGGCGAAGGAAAUUGCUUACCCGGUGGAAGCUCUGUACAACAAAUUGUACAAGCAAUGUUGGGCAACAAAGACGGUUCUCCAGUACCGUUUGGAAUCGGUCUGAAUUGUACCAAAGUCGGAAAAGUUGAAUCUCUGAUACUGGAAUUUGAGCAAGAAGUCAAGGCUUUAAUCGAGAAAGGGGAUGUCAGUGAAUGGCCAUCUUUGGUAGUGUAUCCCGAUGGAACGAUUAAGGGAGAAGUCUACAAUACCUCUACCAAAGUAUGGGAAAUUAGAGAGCCACCCGGAAAAGAAGAUUUGCAGUGGGAUGAGGCGGUUUUUGAGAUUGUCAGAAGGGCAAGAGACAGGGGGUUGUGGAAGGAUAUUAUUGUGGGAGGUUGUUGCAAAACUACGCCUAGGGAGAUCGGGAAACUAAGGGAGAGGAUCGAUCGACUUGAUGAGGAAUAA